GAAUCCAAUUUUGUAUCAUGUUAUUACUUGGACUACAUCUGUUUUUAUGUCUUUCAUUGGUUUGGGGACAUUAUACUUGCCUAAUUUUAUCUGCCAUAAUGGAGUUUACAGAGUGUUACCUAACUACAUGUUGUCUUAUGUUCCUAUUCUGUGUGUCAUGAUUGUUAAUCCUAUAUUGUAUUAUAUAUCUUCUAAAAAUGUAAGAGUCUUGCUUACCGGAGGUCUUGGUCAAUUAACUUAUUUAGAACACAAUCUACUUGCUGCCUUGAAAGAAAAGUUUUUCUGCAUUGUCUUAGUAUUUUAUGUUUGUUGGAUUCCUAAUAUAAUCAAUGGUAUUUUACUAUGGGGCUUUUGGUCUAACUUGCCUAAAAAUGUAAUUCUAGGUGUAUGGUUUGUAAUGGCUAGUUUAAAUCCACUGCAAGCUAUUUUAAACUCACUGGUUUAUAAAGGAUGGGAAGGUUGUGAUGGUUUGUGGAAAAGUCUGAAAACUUGCAUGUGUUGCUGUUGUCAGGAGCCUCCACAUCCUGGAUUGUUAAUUGAUGUUACGUCAUCUGAUCAUCAUCCAUCUUUUGAAAGACGUACUCUAUCUACAAAUAACAACACAAACAAUCAUUUUGAUUGAUUCUCCAUAUUAAGAGUGUAGCUGAUCUUAAUGGUACAGCCUACUCUAUCUACAAAUAACAACAGAAAAAAUAAUUUUGAUUGAUUCUUACUAUUCUGAUUGUAGCUGAUUUUAAUAGCACAGCCUAUUUUAUCUGCAAAUAACAACACAAACAAUCAUCUUGAUUGAUUCUUACCAUUAAGAUUGUAGCUGAUCUCAAUAGUACAGCCUAUUUUAUCUGCAAAUAACAACACAAUCAAUCAUUUUGAUUGAGUCUUACCAUUAAGAUAACACUGUAUAAGCAAAUUUUUUAAAUUUUUAUUUUAUUUGGUUUCAUGCUGAAUAAGAAUAGUUAAUAUUGUUGUACAGUAUGUCUUUUACUAUACUAGAGCAAAUAAUUUGACUUUUAGAUUAAAUUAGAUAAUUAUUUAUUUAGAAAAUUAUAAGGAACGAUCUAUUAAUAUAUAUAAUAUAUAUGUAUUAUUGAUUUUGAAGAAAAAUUUGGAGGAGUAAAUUUUUAAUGGUUAUGUAUUUAAAGUAUGUAACUGUGGCAAUGUUUUUUGGUAUGUAGUUAUUUAUUUCCUGUAACAGGGUGGCCAAAGAGCUGGGUAAAGUCUGGAAAUUUAACUGAAAUACUUAAAUAGUCAGGGAAAAUGAAAUGAUUUGAGUUUUCGGUACCUGAAAUAAUUUUUUUUCAACUUUAGCAAGUAAAAGGUUUUUAUAUUCUAUAUUAAAUUUAUGAAAAUAAGGCGUAACUAAAAAAUAUAAUUUUAGCGAUCAGUUAUAACAAUCAAGGAAAUCCAAUAAACUCUGUCUGUAAUAAUUAGGGUAUUUUUUUUCCAAGUGUUUGUGGUUACUUGGAAUAAAGAUAAUAUAUAUAUUUUUUACACCAUAGUGUUUUAUAUACGCUUACCCCAAAUGAGUAAUUUGGUAGUAUUAAAUUUUAUUGCAGGUUAUGGUGCUAUUAUUAUCAUACUAAACUUAUAAGUUACUAAGAUUUUAUUUGUACUUUCAUAUUUCAUACAUUUCAUGAGUACGUUUUUAUAAUUUGCAAACAUGUUGGCGUUUACAUUUGCUUUUUAUUGUUAUCUUAGAAAAAGUUUUGUUAUGAAAAAUAAAAGUGUUAAAUAGCAUAACAAGCCAAAACAUAAAAUUUUUCAUAGUUACAUUUUCUCUGAACUUUUUAUGGGAUAUAUAUAUAUAUAUAUAUAUAUAUAUUACACUUUAUGCAUGUAUUGUGAAACUGAGUGAAAAUUAUGACUACAUUUCUUGAUAUGAGUAAAAAGUAAAGUAGUUUUUUGGUCUUCACAUUUCAACUUAGUAACAAAGCACUCAACUUAGUGUUGUUAUUUAACAUUUUUAUUUUAAUUAUUUUCUUUUUUUUUGUAAGUAAUGAAAACCAUUUUGAAUUCCCCCCCCAUUACUUAUUCAAUUGUCUUGUUAGCCUCUUUUGAAUAAUAGCAUAACUUUUUUUUUUAAUGUAAAGAAUUUGCAUUUAUAUUUAUCAGGGCUCAAAAUCAACAGUGGUUUGUUGGUCUGAGACCACUAAAGUUUAAUUUGGACCACCAUGAAAUAGUUUUCAAUAGUCCACUAGAUGAGCAAUAAAUGUGAAAGGAUGGGUUUCUUGUUUUUUGGUUUCAUGUCUUUGUCAUAAAAUAACAUAUUUCACUGUAAUUGUGACAUUAGGCAUUCUCUGUAUUAUCUCAUAUUAUUUGUAUUUACUUCAUUAUUAUUUUAAUUCUAGUAGCAAUAUGUAAACAGACCAGUAAAUUGUGUAUGGACUAAUAAUACCUGUCAAUUAAUAGUCCUUCCACUCAGUGGCAAAAUUUUAUUAAUUUCUACCCCUGUUGGUUGUAGUAUCUAUUGCUACAUGCAGUUCUAUAUUUUUUACUAUACUUACCUCUUUGCUGUACAUUUUAUUCUUCUAUGUUCUUUUUAUUGUUAUUCUCUUUUUCUUUGUUAUGAUUCUCUUUACAAAAAAAGGCAAUUUUUUUUAUUAGACACAUUAAGAUCUUGCAUUUACUUUUGUUUAUUUGUUUUAGACUUGUUUUUAUUUUGCUGUUAUACUUUUUUUUGCUGCUGUUCAUUUUAAAUGAUUUUACCUGCAAGUCUUGCUUAUUUAGUGAAACAGGUUAAUAAAGAUAAAUAAAGUUACUUAGUUAAAAUGUGUAGGAAUAAUUUUGUGAUAUUUUCUAAUCUUCCGAUGUCUCUCUAAUCUAAUGUUUGCACUCUUAGAAAAUUUAAAAUUUCACUCGUACUAAAAACUCACUCAUACUAUUGAAAAUUUCACUAAAUUUUCAUUUAUAUGGUUAUGAUUUUUUGACAUACUACCAAACAUGAGGUUUUUAGAUUAUUGGAAUUUUCCUGUAUUAUUAUUUAAAUUUAAUGUUUUGUUAAAUAUUUUUUUUUAAAAUUUGCAUUUUUUGGUAUUUUUGCCAUAAAGGAAAAGAUAAAAUUAACAUUAAGGGAUCCAAACUUUAGAAUGCUCUCCUGACCAAACUAUUGGGACUAUAUUUCCAGAUAGCGGCUACCCCCUAUAUUUUGGGGGUCCUAAAUCUGAAUCCAUCGAAAAAGGGGUAUGUUUAUAAAGGGAAAGUGCGUUUUUGUGUCUGAUUUCGUGACUUAAAAUAACGUAUGCUCUAAAUAAUUAGCAUAUUUAAAGUCACCCCCUUGAACCAUUAAGUCAUAGAAUGUGUAGAUUCAAUCAAACAAGUGUUAUUCAGAGUGGCCCCUUUUUUUGGUACAUAUUUUUGGUGGUCCCUGUACAUAUUUUAUUUUUCAAUGAAAUUCAUAUUACUUAAAAAAAAAAAAAAAAAAAAAAAAAAAAAAAAAAAAAAAAAAAAAAAACAAUGCAAUCUAUAAGAUAUGAAAGGGCCAAUUUAAUUGCAUGCAAUUUAUAAUUUAUUUGAAAAGCUGUAAAUGAUUUCAAAACCUGCCUUCUUCUCAAUAUAUAUUUUUCAAAAAUGUAAUUAGCUUUUUUUUCUACAUAAUUUUAUUUUAUUUCUUAAUUUGUUUGUUUUGAUGUUGUAUAUUUUCUUUUCUGUUGUAUUACAUGUUUAGUAUUAAUACUUUAUGAGGUUACAGAAUUAUGUUAUCUGUGUCUUUUAGUUGAAAAUUAGUUAAUUUUAAGUAAUUUGUUACUUUGAAAUAAAAUUUGUCUUAUAAAAAUUAUUGUCAUAUUAUGAACCGUCCAUUUGAAUUGUAUUUUGUGAUAAUAAUGUGUAUUUGUAAAAUCACAUUGCAUUUUUAUAAGAUCUGUGAAAAUUAUGUGAUUCUUUUACUUGUUUAUUCCGUUAAAUUUUCUCUAUUAAGUGAGAAAAUGUAUCUAUAUUGUAUGUGAUAAAAUAUCUCUAUAUUUAUGUUUAUGUAUUUAAACAAUGUUACUUAAAUGAAAAUUAAUUUUUUGUGUAAAUUCUUUUUAAAAAUAAUUAUGGUUUUCUUGCAUUAACUUUUUUUUAAAGAAAAUUAUUAUGUUUCAAGAAGGAAAUUUUUGAAUUUGAUAAUUAAAAAGAUGAUUAUUUUAUCAGGUAACCUGAAAUUUGCCGUCUGAUUAAGAUAUAUUGAUCAGGUGUAUAGAGAAAACUUGUGAAAUUCUGAAUCUGUGACGUUGUCACAAUAACUUAUAUUCUCUCUUAAUAAAGAAACCAUUGCUUAUAACUCAACAAUGUAGCUCUAAUGUGACGUUAGCAAAAAAAAAAAAAGAAAAAAAGAUUGAAUGAAAAACAAAUUAGAAAAGAAAGUGCUCAAGUAGUACUCUUUGUUCAACUUGAAAUACCAUUAAUAUCUAGUUUUCAGUUAUCAAAUGAUUUUGAAGUACGAUAAAAUGACAUUACAAAACAAAAUUUUAAAAAGUUUCUUUUAAGUUACUUUUUAAAACAGUGCUAACCAGAAAUCAAAGUUUUCGUAUCUUAGCAUUUUCAAAUGAUUGUGUUGGAGAAAAAUUAAAAGCUGUUGCUAUGAGGAGUUUCAUUAUAUUUUAAUAAUUGUGAUAAGAUAAGGAAAAAAUUGAAUACCAUUCCACAAGAACUCUUGCGAUAUUUAGAAAAAAAGAAAAAAAGAAAGAGAAUCAAAUUUUGAAUGAAAAACAAAUGCUUAAGUUUAAAUCUUUUACUCUCUUUGUUCAACUGAAAUGCCAUUAACAUCUUGUAACAUUUUAGCAUCAAAUAAUUUUGAACUGCUAAAAAAUAAUGUUACAAAACUUUCAAAACGUUUCUUUUGAGUUUGUUUUUUUAAAAAAAGUACUCAGCCAGAAAUCAAUGUUUUUGUAUCUCGGCAUUUUUAAAUGAUUGUGCCUGAGAAAAAUGAGAGCUGUUGUUAUGAGGAAGUUCAUCAUGCAGCAAUGUGAUAUGAUGUGUAAAAAUUGAAAGUCAUUAAUUUCAAAGUCAUUUCUCAAAAACUCUUGCCAUAUUUUCAUAUAAUUGCUCUAAAAUUUUCAAUAAAAUUUUAAAGUUCCUAACAUUUAAAAAUUUAUUAAAAAUUUGGAAAUCAAUUUCCUCUUGUUUAAGGUGUUGUUUAAACUUAUAUUUUGUUACCUAAAUGUAUGUUUCUUUUAAUUUUAUCUUGCCAUAUUGUUUUAUUAAAACUUUAUAAAAGGUGCAUUCAUAUACACAUUGUGUUCACUGAUUCAUUUCAUUUUUGUGUUUAUAUGUUUUGUGUUGCAAAUUUAUCUUUUUAUGUAUGUCAAAUACUUUAUACAAAUGCAUUUUUAUAUUUUUCUAUGUAUGUCAUUU